UCCAGGCUGGAGCGCUGCCGGGUUUGGCGACUUGUUUGUUUUCAAGAUGGCCGCCGAUCAGGGGAAGGAGAGAAACUUCUAAAAAAAUAAUCAUACAGAUUAGGUUAAAAAAAGUAUCACCAAGUACCGGUAUUUUAACGCGUUCGAGAAUUCUUUCCGAUAAAGGGAGACAAGAUUUUUAUUUUUUAAAUUGAUUUCGGACUAACAAAAACAAUAAAGUAGUGUUUGUACUUCGUUUGCGGCCCCGUGCAAUUGUGCAGGGGGAGCAGAAAAGGGAGAAUCUUCUAGAAUCUGGGUCUUUAGAUGAAAUGCACGUCGGUUAUUUCAAACAGGGAAGUAGAGUUUGAUCAGGCUGUUUAAAUUUAUAUACUAUAUUAAUAUAUCGGAGUGGUUAUAAGGGCUUGCGUGUUUAACGUUUAUGAGCCGGUCAUUGUCAAAUUUUCAUAGCUCAAAAAUGGACUCCUCUAAUAAAAACGCGAGGAAAAACUGCGACAGGAGCGACUCCAGCAGCAGCAGCAGUUCCAGUAGUAGUAGCAGCAGCAGCAGCAGCGGCCCGAGUAGCCCCGGCAGCCCCGACAGCUCCGAGCACAAAGCGCCGGGGGCCAACGUGUUCGCUAACGACGGGAGCUUCCUGGAGCUUUUUAAGAAAAUGGAGGAAGAAAGAAGGAGAAGGGAGCAGCAGGAGGAGCACCAGCAGCAGCCCGGCGUCGAUGGAGACGAGGCCACCCGGAGCCAGACGCCAGAGAAGAAGGGCGUGACAAGCAUUGUGGGCAAGCGGAGAGGUGGAGCCAAACUAGCCCUCAAGACAGGGAUGGUUGCCAAGAAGCAAAAGUUGGAGACAGAGGGUGACGCAGCUAAGGGAGAUGCUUGGGCCAAAUACAUGGCAGAGGUGAAAAAAUACAAAGCACAUCAGUGUGGUGAUGAUGAUAAAACCAGGCCACUUGUUAAAUAAGACUUGAUCUAUUUGCUCCAUUUGCUUGUAUUCAUACUGGACAGAACAGCUUGAAUAUGCCAGUUGGCAAGUUGCAUCAGGGUGAAUUUGGCAGUGGAGUAGGGAAGAUUUGACUCAAGUUUUUUUUUUUUUUCUUUUUUUUCCCCUCUUCCUCUUGUGCUUAUCAUAGUAUUAUGGUUUUUACCGCCAGUCUCUUCUGCUUUCUUGGAGAGGAGGGUUUAAAUGCAAGUGUCUUCCCCUGCCUCCCAUUUCUGUACCCAAGCCUGUCAUAUAGCUAGUAAACUGCAUCUGCCUUGUUUUCUUGUUUUCUUGUUUUGCCUGGUACUUGGUUUGUGAAAGUAUACAGUGCUCUGCUGCUCCAACAUAAAUGUGGUAAAUUGGACCAUUCUGCUUGUCAUUUGUGCAGCAGGCUGAAAGUUUAGAAAGGAGUAAAAUUGAAUUGCUGAGCAAUUAAUAAGCAGUGGGGCACUCAGACAAAUGAAGCUUGCUGGUGUUAACUGGAGGCAAGCAUUGUACGACUUGGAUGAGUGUGUUUCAUAUCUUUUCCUUUAGAAAGAAAUCACAUAUGUUAAACUCCUUCUAGGAAGAUGAUGAUUAUUGCAUAUGACCUGGAAAAGUAAGAUUGAAGCCAAGGAUAUCUGGGACCUGGAAGUUUAAAAGGAGAUAUCCUUGUUUUGUUAUUGAUGGAAUACAAAUCUCUCCAUUCCAACCCUCUCCAAGACAAAACUAAAAAUCUAGGUGGGUCUCAUUUUUGCAGAAAUCUAUAACUGAAGAAAUAUCCUUGUUAGCAUUGGUAAGCUUCAAAGAGAAACAGUGUUAAGGUGUUGUUUCUUCUGAAAUUCACAACCUAGACAGGGUAUCUAAAAUGGAAGGCAAUGGAACAAGAAAGACAAAUCUUAGUUUACAUCUAAAGCUUGGGAGAAUUGUGCAUUUUUGAUAUUUCCAAUUUCAUGUUCUUUAUGGCUCCAGCAGACCCCCGUGACCCUGUGUUAGGAUAUAGCGGGUUGGAAAAUGACUGACUGACUAUUCUUUAUGGUCACAGAUGUAAUGCUUAUCCAAAGAUAACUGUUUCCUUGUAUCACCUUAGCUUAAGUGCCUGGUGGGAUGAGGUAGAUUUUUUCCCCCAUCAUUAGAGGCUGUUUAGGAGAAGGUGGGUGUGAAUGGAGAAGGUAACCUGAUGAUCAGAUAGGAAUUUUUUAAAUUUAAAAAGUGAGAUGCUAAACAUGAAAGAGGUUAUGUUCCUGAAGAUGUGAAGUAGCACAAAUGACAGCUCCAUUUAAUCUUACCUUUGCUGUUUGAUGGUAACAUCAAUCCAUACGUGGAUGGCCUUCCUAGUCAGGGGAGGAACAAUUAAAAAUAUCAAUUCAGUCUCAAUAUCCUUCUGAUUUUCACAUGAUGUUGGAGUAUUUUAUGCAUGCCAUCAUUACUGAGGACUCUGCCUUGCCAACCACACCUGUGCUAACACCGUGAUGAAUACUAAAAGGCUGCUCCUGUGGUGACAGACCUGAACAGAGAUGCUGCUCUGCUCUUCUGUCUUGAUGCACCUACAGGAAUGAGGUGCAGAUGUGGAAGAUCAUGAUGCUUAUACAUUCCUCCUGGAGGAAAUCUGUAAUUAAUGCACCCUUUAUACUUUGAAGCAAAUUUCAUUUGCGUACUGUUAAUAUUUGGAUUCUAAUUUUACCUGUAAAGUGAAGUAAGUGGGAGUUAUAAUUGUUUUUUUUGACUAUUCUUAUGCUACCGAUAAUUAAAUAUAUGAAUUUA